AUGGCUUCUCAAAAGGCUGUUGCCGAAAACAUGUUGUGGGGAGGCCGAUUCACGGAGGGGCUCGACCCAUUGAUGGUCCAAUACAACGAAUCCCUCCCCUACGACCGCAUCUUCUGGAAACAAGACAUCCUCGGCUCCCUGGCCUUUGCCCGCGCAAACACCCGCGGCGGCAUACUAACCCCCACCGAGUUCUCCGAAAUCGAGCGCGGCUUCAAUCAGAUCGCCGAGGAAUGGAGCACAAACAGCUUCGUCAUCAAGGCUAACGACGAGGAUAUUCACACCGCAAACGAGCGUCGGUUGGGUGAGAUUAUCGGCAAGGAUAUUGCCGGAAAGUUGCACACGGGCCGAUCGCGCAAUGAGCAGAUUGCGACUGAUAUGCGGUUGUGGUUGAGAGAUGAGCUGCGGAAAUUGGAUUCGUUUCUGUGUGAUUUGAUUAAGGUCUCUGUGGCGCGCGCGGAGCAGGAUAUUGAGUAUUUGAUGCCUGGGUAUACGCAUUUGCAAAAGGCGCAGCCGGUGCGGUGGUCGCAUUGGGUGUUGUCGCAUGCUGUGGCGUUUGCGUCGGAGUUGGGUCGUUUGCGUGAGGUGAUUAAGCGGGUUAACAAGUCGCCGUUGGGUACCGGUGCGCUUGCCGGUAACCCGUUCCAUAUUGAUCGUGAGGCCAUGGCCAAGGAGUUGGGUUUUGAUGGGAUUACUAUCAACUCGAUGAACACUGUGGCCGACCGAGACUUUGCCAUGGAGACGAUGCAAUGGGGUAGCUCGUUUAUGCUCAAGAUUUCUCGCUGGGCUGAGGAUCUUAUUAUCUACAGCAGCUUGGAGUUUGGCUUUGUCCGCCUGGCUGAUGCCUACUCUACGGGCUCUUCGCUCAUGCCACAAAAGAAGAACGCAGAUAGUCUCGAGCUUCUCCGCGGCAAAGCCGGACGAGCAUUUGGACAUGUCGCAGGUUUGAUGAUGACCAUCAAGGGUCUGCCGACUACCUACAACAAGGAUCUUCAAGAGAGUGUCGAACCACUUCUCGAUCACAUCAAGACCGUCGGCGACAGCAUCCAGAUCGCCACGGGCGUUCUUUCUACUCUGACCGUUAUCCCGGACAAGAUGCACGCCGCUUUGGCGCCGGAGAUGUUGGCCACAGAAUUCGCCGACUACCUCGUUCGCAAGGGCGUGCCGUUCAGAGAAGGACACCACAUUUCAGGACGCGUUGUUGCCUUGGCUGAGAAGAACAAUGUGCCCAUGGAUACUCUCACCCUUGAGCAGUUGCAAGGAAUCGAUAGCCGCUUCGGGCCGGAUGUGCAGGAAUGUCUAGAUUAUGAGCGUGCCGUUGAGCUGAAGGAUGCCAUUGGCGGUACAAGCAAGCGCGCUGUCCGCGAGCAGAUUGUCGCCCUGAAGGCCAUUAUCCAGGGAGAUGCUUGA